ACAUCAAAGAUGCUGCAGAAGACGAUUGACCUGUUACACCAAGCGCCGCCAGGCCUGGGCUUGGCCGCGGGCGCCGUCUUCAUCGGCCUGUUCCUCGUCCUUCUACGCCUCGUUCGUCCCAAGCCCAUCCCGGGCAUCCCGCACAAUGUCGAAGCAGCAAACUCCCUCUUUGGCGACAUUCCCGAGUUCAGAGCCGCCCCAGAUCGCAGGGAGUGGUGGGUGAGCCAGGUUAUCAAGCACCAGUCGCCCAUGGUCCAGGUCUUUCUCCGUCCUUUUGGUCUGCCGUGGGUGUUUGUGGCCGAUCACUGGGAGGCUGUGGAUAUCAUGACGCGUCGUGUGAAGGAGUUUGACAGAGCUGAUCCGACCAUCGAUAUGUUUGAGGGUGUCGCUCCGAGUCAUCACAUUAUAAUGCGUUCUUCGAACCCUCAGUUCAAGAGGAACAAGGAGCUUGUCCGAGACUUGAUGUCGGUGAAUUUCCUGCAGAAUGUUUCUUCCCCCGAGAUUUACGAAAAGUUUGCCCUUCUUGUUGAUCUCUGGAAUGGCAAGGCUCGUCUCUCCAACGGACGACCGUUUGACGCGGCCGAAGACAUCCACAAUGCAGCCCUUGACAUCAUCAUGACCGCUUCCUUUGGUCUUGGCCUCGAACAAUCCCAGAUUGCUAAGCAAACCAGAGAGCUUGAGGGCGCAUCCAGCCCAGGCGGACGAGAUGACGUUUUCGAGUUCAAGCACGUGCCCCUCGACGAGGAACUUAGAUUCUUCACGAUAUUGACAGACAGUAUCAUCGUUGCUGUCAGGUCGCCUCUGCCAAGACUAAGUCACUUUCUGUACAGGAAUCUCUCACCGAUGAUGAGGCGAGCUGCAGCAGGUCGUGAUAGGCUCAGAAAUCGUGAGAUUGCAAAGAGUGUUGAGCGGAGGAGAUCUGGACAUCCAGAGAGAUGCGCUUUGGAUAACAUGCUGGCUCGAGAGGAUGUCAUUGCUGAGAAGGAGGGUCGGAAGCCAAACUAUUACUCUCAGGUCAUCCAGAGCGAGCUCCUUGGGUACCUGGUGGGAGGCCACGACACCACCUCGUCUGUUAUACGCUGGGCAUGCAAGUACUUAACCGAUGACCAGCGCGCGCAAUCCCUUCUUCGAAAAGCCCUCUACGAAGCAUACCCCGAGGCAGCGGCCGAGAACCGCCUCCCAACAAUUGCCGAGAUCACCAAGAACCAGCACGUCGCUUAUCUUGACGCCGUUAUCGAGGAGUCUCUGAGAUAUUCCCGCGUUGUUGGCAUCACUUUUCGCCAAGCUAUGGUUGACACUCAGAUUCUUGGUGUUCAUAUUCCAAAGGGCACGACUGUAGGCAUGAUGGCCAGUGGACCGGGUAUGUUGACACCAAGCAUCGAGGUCGACUAUAGCAAACGAUCAGCGAACUCCAAAGCGCACAGGGAAAAGGUCCCACCCUUUGAUAACUCCAACAUAACAGAAUUCCUCCCCGAGCGCUGGCUAAGAACCCAAAAGACGGAAAGCGGAGAAGAAGAGACCAUCUUUGAUCCUAACGGCGGACCUGCUCAAGCCUUUGGUCUUGGUCCUCGAGGAUGUUUUGGAAAGAAGAUGGCAUACAUUGAGUUGCGGAUAUUCUUCACCAUAAUUUUCUGGGAGUUCAAGAUGAACCCUAUCAAGCCAGAGUUGAGAAAGCAGGAUGAGAGUGUUACUUUGACGAGGUCACCGAAGUAUGUUUAUUUGAGUUUGGAAAAGACAGGACCCCAGCAGAGUGUUUAG